AUGAGACGUCAAAGUGACAGGAAAGAGCAAGAGGAGAAGAAAGCACGGAAAGUUGAAUUUGCCUCUGGGGGAGCACAACCAGGAAUUGUAACUGGUGUUCCAAGGAUCAAUGUACCCAUUGCAGGCUAUAAAGCAACCUCUUCGGGUGGCUUGCCAUUGAUGCCUCUUGCUGCUGAGGCCACCUAUCGUGAUGGUAGGUUGAACAAAAAAUCAAAGUAGGACAAGGUAUUCAUUUAAAGGAAAAAUCCUUUGUCCUUUAUGGGGCAGGAUUCUGUACCUACUCUCGCUGCAAUUUUAGCUGUUGCUAAAGCUAGUGGUGGAUACAUGCGUUUUUCGUGGCACAAACAACGAAAGGCAGAGGAGAGGAGGUCAACUGAAAGGAAGGAAAGAAGGUCAUGA